UCAAUUGGAAAGAUAAUAAUAUUGUUUUUAUUGGUUCAUAUUAUAGUUACAACACCCUCGACUAUUUCAAUUUCGGUAGAUACAGCUGAUUGCAUUGUUAGCUCUGCAACAUUUUAUAAAAUAAACUGUACUAUUUCAAGCUCAGUACCAUCAGGAAAUUCUAUAUCAGCAUUGGUAAAAGUAGGUGAAAUUUCUUCUACAGUAUUAAUUUCCAGUAACCAAGUAACUUUUUUUAAUAAUUGUGGCUGUGUAAACGGGGAUUGUAAUCCCAACGAUGGAACCUGCAAAUGCUACUCCAAUCCAUAUCCAUGGGGAGGUAGUGAAUGUGAUAUACCUUUACAUUAUGUCUCAUCUAUUGAUGAGUCAUAUACGGAAGGCGGAAAUGCUACGUUCUAUGGUUGGUUUAGUAAUACCCAUAACAAUUUGUAUAUUUUCAUUGGCAAUGAAUCUUGCUCCCCAAUUUAUGAAACUACAAAUGAUAGGUUAGUCUGCAAAGCACCACCCAAAAAAGGAUCCUUCAUAGUUUUUAUUUAUCAAAAUUAUCAGCGUUGGUAUAGUGAAAAAAUUUUAUAUAAUUAUAAAGAACAUUCAUUUGAGUGCCCAAAUAAUUGUACUGGCUCAGUAAAUGGAAGGUGUAAUGGAACCACCGGAUAUUGUUUAUGUAAUAGUGGAUAUGAUGGCCCAGAUUGCAGCAUCGUAAAUCCCAACGACAAAAAUGAAAACUUACCAGGAAAUGAAAACAAUAUUAAUAAAACAACCGGAUCAACUACAAUAAAAAAUGAAAAAACAUCAUUCGAUAUAUCAAUCUAUUCUCUUAUUGAAUUUGAUAUUUUAGGUACACAAGUUUCAAACUAUUCAUUAAAAUCAAAUUGGGAAAUAAAAGAUAGUGGUAACAAUUCAAUCUAUCCAUUUAGCCAAACAAUUCAAGAUCAAAAGUGCCAAAUCGAUUAUAUUAUAGAAGAAAUUAAACAGGAUAAAAUUAUUUCAUUUGCCGAUAUCGACUUUAAAGUAAGCAGUGGCUCAGUUAAAAUGACAAUUAUUAUCUCAAACUAUCAAUAUGCAAACUAUUUAAAUACACUACAGCUUUUAAUGGAAUCAUCGGUAUUGGAUAACCCAAAUGAUAGAAACUGUAAUAGUGAAGAUACAAAAAUCGAUACAAUUUCAAACCAAAUCGAUUCUUUAUCCUUUAUUACAAUUAGAAAAAACUCUAAAUUAUUAAAUGGAAGAAUCCUUGACCGUAUUAUUUCUGAUGAUAGACCAUCCUCGAUUUCAACAUCGAUUGUAUCAAAAAAUAACAACUCAAUUAUUAUUGGAAUGAAUCUUCCACGUUGUAAAGUUUGCAAAAUUGAUCCAGGUAUUUAUAAAAAUAUCAAUACACACUAA